GGUAAAGGUGAAGCAAACGCCAAGCACGCGCUCUAGCAACACUACAGAACUUUCAUGUCUCCUACUUCACCCCACUCAAACUCCUCUCGCACCCCACUCGCUCUAUGCACUGAUUAUGGCGUCCGGCACGAACAACACCGAUGUUAUCCGGGUGCGCACUGAUCGCGAACAGAUCACGAAAGACAACCAGUUGAACUCGCCUCUCCUACGUCUCCCAGCCGAGCUUCGAAACAAGAUCUACCAUUUCGUCUUCAGAGACACCACUGUGCGACUUCGUCUCCGUUAUGAAAUUGGCCCUUCAGCACGCUGCGUCUUACAGGUCUGUGGUCAGACUCGGCAGGAAGCGUUGUCUAUUUUCUACGAUUACGCCAUAUUCGACUUGACCCAUUAUUAUACUCUAAGCGACAUUGUCUGCGGCCCCGAUGAUAGCGAUCGCGCUUCCAUCCAGACAAUCAUCCUAAGCGGAUGGAUGGCAGCGAGCUUCAAGUUUCCCAAAGCUCUCAGCUUUUCGUCAUCUCAUGGGCUUCAUUCUCUUCGAUGUGUACACAUCAGUGCUGAUGAUGUUGGUACUCCUCUAAGGACUUUGAGGCAAAAUAUUACGACAAACAUGAGGGCCUGGUUCGGCAAGAAGGAUCUGGAGGAGGGCAGUGAGGUCAAAUGCUAG